GGGAGCACUGGGAGCCAAGAUGGCGUCGCUGUGAACCAAGAUGGCGUCUGACAAACAUAGAGAGACCCUUGCAGGCAGCAGUGGAGCACAGGGAGCCAAGAUGGUGUCGCUGUAAGAGGGAGUGACUGACAGACAGAGAGAGAACCUUGCAGGGAGCACUGGGAGCCAAGAUGGCAUCGCUGUGAGAGGGAGUGACUGACAGACAGAGAGAGAACCUUGCAGGGAGCACUGGGAGCCAAGAUGGCGUCGCUGUGAGAGGGAGUGACUGACAGAUAGAGAGAGAACCUUGCAGGGAGCACUGGGAGCCAAGAUGGCAUCGCUGUAAGAGGGAGUGACUGACAGAGAACCUUGCAGGGAGCACUGGGAGCCAAGAUGGCAUCGCUGUGAGAGGGAGUGACUGACAGAGAGAGACCCUUGCAGGAAACAGUGGAUCACAGGGAGCCAAGAUGGCGUCGCUGUGAGAGGGAGUGACUAACAGAGAGAGACCCUUGCAGGCAGCAGUGGAGCACAGGGUGCCAAGGUGGCAUCAUUGUGAGAGGGAGUGACUGACAGACAGAGAGAGGCCCUUGCAGGCAGCAGUGGAGCACCCGUUGUGGUUUGGCGGCAAAGUCACACGUCGAGGCGAAACCGGGUGAUCCUAGACGACAAGAGGAAACUGACCCUGUUAUGCAAGCGGACUGAGGCAAAAUAACGACCUGCUCACACACCCUGCUCUGCCUGCACUGAUUUAUGGCGCAUCUGGCAAUGGAGAGGAAAAUACGCAGCUAUAAUCUUUCUGUUGGUUUUAUAGUUCGUUUUCUCACACUUUAAUCUGAGCCCCAUCGUGCCUGACAUCCAACGCCACACCUUCCAACGUCUCGAAAGGGACAGGCAUUUCCAUCUAUCACAUUGAUACGAACGGUGAGGUUUCUGCCUCUUUUUCACGUUCUUAUUUCUGUAAAGGGUCGAAUCAUGACGAACAGCGUGCAGCUCGCGCCGACCCUGUGCUGAAGCGAUGUUUCAGGACCAUGGAUACCUGUUUCUCUUUUUCUGGUUUACAAAAUAAAAACACAAAUGGAUGAAGAAAUCGACACCCGCAAAAUCAACAACAGCUUCCUCCGGGACCACAACUAUGCAACUGAAGCUGACAUCAUAUCCACGGUUGAGUUCAACUCGACUGGAGAGCUGCUGGCGACCGGGGACAAGGGAGGGAGAGUAGUGGUGUUUCAGAGAGAACAGGAGAGUAAGAACCAGCCCCACAGGAGAGGGGAGUAUAAUGUUUACAGCACCUUCCAGAGCCACGAGCCUGAGUUUGACUACCUGAAGAGCCUGGAGAUCGAGGAGAAGAUCAACAAGAUACGAUGGCUGCCUCAACAGAACGCUGCCUACUUCCUCCUCUCCACCAAUGAUAAAACAGUGAAGCUGUGGAAGGUCAGUGAGCGGGACAAGAGACCAGAGGGCUACAACCUGAAGGACGAGGAAGGGAGGAUCCGAGACCCCACCACCAUCACCGCCCUGCGGGUACCAGUGCUGCAGCCCAUGGACCUGAUGGUGGAAGCCACUCCCAGGCGAGUAUUCUCCAAUGCCCACACGUACCACAUCAACUCCAUCUCUGUGAACAGUGACUACGAGACCUACAUGUCCACAGAUGACCUGAGAAUUAACCUGUGGAACCUGGAGAUCACCAACCGAAGUUUCAACAUCGUGGACAUCAAGCCGGCUAACAUGGAGAUGCUGACGGAGGUGAUCACAGCAGCAGAGUUCCAACCCAGCCAGUGUAACACCUUCGUUUACAGCAGCAGCAAGGGUUCCAUCCGGCUGUGUGACAUGAGGGCCUCAGCACUGUGUGACAACCACUCCAAAUUGUUCGAGGAGCCAGAGGACCCCAGUAACCGCUCCUUCUUCUCCGAGAUCAUAUCGUCCAUCUCAGACGUGAAGUUCAGCCACAGCGGCCGCUACCUGAUGACACGGGACUACCUCACGGUCAAGGUGUGGGACCUCAACAUGGAGAGCAAACCUCUGGAGACCUACCAGGUCCACGACUACCUGAGGAGUAAGCUGUGCUCCCUGUAUGAGAACGACUGCAUCUUCGACAAGUUUGAGUGUGUCUGGAACGGGUCUGACAGUGUGAUCAUGACCGGCUCGUACAACAACUUCUUCCGCAUGUUCGACCGCAACACCAAGCGUGACGUGACCCUGGAGGCGUCGAGGGAGAACAGCAAGCCCCGGGCCAUCCUGAAGCCCAGGAAAGUGUGUGUAGGGGGCAAGAGACGCAAGGACGAGAUCAGCGUGGACAGCCUGGACUUCAGCAAGAAGAUCCUGCACAGCGCCUGGCACCCCUCUGAGAACAUCAUCGCUGUGGCCGCCACCAACAACCUCUACAUAUUCCAAGACAAGGUCAACUAAUGGAUGGAUGGAUGGGUGGAGAGCAACACAGACCAGCAUAGCGCCCCCUGACUGGCUGAUCACACUCACCUGGGAGAGGGCCGCAAAGGCUGGGAAUCUCUGGCCGCACUGCAACUUGUGAAGGGACACUGACAGCUUUGCAGUUCUCUUCUUUCGCUCCAUCUCAAGAGACUUGCACCCAUGUUGUAAAUCUAGGGUUGCCCUCUGUUGCAUCCAGAACACUGAAGAACGAUGGCUCCAUUUUAAAAUGUUCACCCUUCUUAAGUUGUUGCUGUAGUUUAAGGUUAUGCACAUAAAUGCAGGGACAAUACUUUUUUGUUCCUUAGAAGCUUUGCAUUGGGGAGAUGAACUGAAGAGACUGGCUCAACAAACUCAUAACCUUUACAUCCCUGAUGACAUGCCUAGACACUACUGAGAUGGUGUGCUCUUGACGCCCUUUGACCUCUCUCUGCCCCUUCCGUUUCAUUUAUUUUUUUCUCUUCAUGAAGGUUUUAAAACAUGCAGAGGAAGUGAUGUUACCAGGUAGUAUUGAUUAAAACAAUGUAGCAAGCUUUUUGUUCCAAUUUUUUAAAGAACUUUACAAAAUGUCGAAUAAAAAAAAAUAAUAAUAGGUA